CAGAGCCUCGCUGCCCGCUCCAGCCGUCACUCACACUCUUCUCACGGCCGGGGAAACCACAGCCUGCCAAGAUGUGCAAGGGAUUAGCGGCGCUGCCCCACACGUGCCUGGAGAGGGCCAAGGAGAUCAAGACGAAGCUGGGCACGCUGCUCCAGAAGCCUGACUCCACCAUUGACUUCAUCAUCCCCUACCCCGAGAAGCAGGAGAAGCCACCCAAGGCCCAGAAGCCAUCUCCGGAGGAAGCUCUGCAGUGGCGCGAUUCCUUGGAGAAGCUCCUGCAAAACCCCUACGGGCUCGCCAGCUUCCGCAGCUUCCUGCGCUCCGAGUUCAGCGAGGAGAACGCCGAGUUCUGGGUGGCCUGCGAGGACUACAAGAAAACCAAGUCCCCUGUGAAGAUGGCAGAGAAGGCCAAAAAGAUCUACGAGGAGUUCAUCCAGACUGAGGCACCCAAAGAGGUGAACAUCGACCACUUCACCAAGGCUGUGACCAUCAAGAACCUGGUGGAGCCAUCACCAAGCAGCUUUGACAUGGCCCAGAAGAGGAUCUUUGCCCUGAUGGAAAAAGACUCCCUGCCCAGAUUUGUGCGGUCGGAGUUUUAUCACGAGUUAAUUAAGUAGCAAUUCAGCAAGGCUGUGUGAGGCACCCCCCCUGCUUCUGUCUGAACACCUGCCCCUUCUCCUGCAGCCGCUUUGCUUCCUUCAUACCACCCAGGGGUGUUGCUAAACACCUCCCCCCAUGCUUUGGACUGUCAGAUGUCCUGGUGUUUCCUCUUUUUCCAUCUUUUUUCCUCUCCCACAAAAGACCAAUUUGCAGAAACUCCCUGGAGUCGGGACCCAGAAGGGUGAGGGAGCAGCCCCAGCUCUGCAGUGACCAGGAGCUGACACCUCCCUGGUGCCGCGGAGCUUGGCAUUAGCUGGAGGCUCUGAGGUGCUGACUUUGCCUUCUUGGGACUCCCUAGAACGUGACAAUUCCUCUCCCACAAGAGCAUGACAAUCUCUCUCCCAGUCUUGCCCACACGGCUGGCUUGGCCCAGGCUCGCUCCCUCUCCCAACUUCCCAGGGUGCUGCUGACACUGCACAGGUACCCUGCAGGUGCUCCCCUCCCUGGCCAAGGUGAGGUGAGACACUCCCACUGCCUGAUGGGCAUCGCUUUCCCUGGAGAGCAGCUGUCAGGCACAGGGACAGGGCACGGCAGGGACAGCAGUGACACGUACAGCGAGGAUGGCACUGUGACCAGGAUGGCAGGGACCGCUGUACGGCACAGCCAGGUGCCCCUGGCUGGCACCAGGGCUGAGCAGAGCGAGCCUGGCACCGCUUCCCCCACAGCUCCACUCAGCCUGUUUGCUUCACUCCACGCACAAAAACAAGAGGAUAAAACGAGACCUGUUGGUCCAAAACACCAGGACUGUUCAGCACCCCAGACCUCCCGCUCUUCCCAGCCUUUGCACGGUGCCCUGAGCUCCCGGGGCACAUCC